GGGCUCCCUCCCGCCUAGCAGCGUGUCCGGGAGCCGGGGCAGAGCUCGUCCCCGCUCCGGACGGGGUUGCCGCCACCGCCAGGCUUUAACCAGGAGAGCUCAGCAGGCAGCUCCACCAUGUCGGAUAGUGACCUCGGGGAGGACGACAGCGCCACGUCCCCCGACCCCUCGCAGGCCAGCAAGAGGAAGAGAAGGGGCAAUCUCCCCAAGGAGUCUGUGAAGAUCCUCCGGGACUGGCUGUACGAGCACCGCUUCAAUGCCUACCCCUCGGAGCAGGAGAAGCUCAGCCUCUCGGGGCAGACCAGCCUCUCGGUGCUGCAGAUCUGCAACUGGUUCAUCAAUGCCAGGAGGCGGCUGCUGCCCGACAUGCUGCGCAAGGAUGGGAAGGACCCCAACCAAUUCACCAUCUCCCGUCGUGGGGGCAAAACUGGAGAUGUGGCCCUGCCUCGGGGGGCUGCUGCCAGCUCUGGGGUGCUGGUGGUACCUCCUACGGGGGCCUCCAAGGUGCUGUCCAUGUCCGUGUGCCCGCAGGUACUGUGCCACCCAGCCCAGGCGCUGGGCAGCAACCUGACGGUGGUGAGCGCCCGCAGCCCUGAGUGGGAGAAGCCCCCCGGCCUGCCACGAGCAGAGCUGGACCCUGCCCCCAGGGCACCACUGGGUGCCCCUGGCAGCACCAUGACAGUGCUGGCCCGGGCUGAGGCAGCCAGCCCCACCAGUGGACUCUUCAACACGCCGCCCCCCACACCCCCUGAGCUCUUUGGAGACGACUUCAGCAGCUUCCAGCUGCUGGUGGAGGUGGCCCUGCAGAAGGCAGCUGAGCUGGAGUCACAGCGACAGGGUGGGCAGCUGCCCCUCUCGCCCCAGACUGAGCACCUGGGAGCCUCCAAAUAACCCCCUGGGCUGUGUCCCACGGGGGGACCUUCUUUGAGGGGUGCCUGGCCCUCCCAGCACCCCUCUGCCUGCAGCCCCUGACCAGCUCAUCUCAGAAGCAGGCUCCUGCCUCCCGGGGGUCCCAGGGCACUGCAAGCCAAGGGGGAGUGGAAGAACUGUCCCAUCCCACCAUCCUCUUGCUGAGGAGGUGCCCCCAGGCCCGCUGCCUUUCCUGCCGAGGAGGGUGCGUGUGGACAGGGCUGCUGUGAAAAGACAUUUGCAGCUUUACCAACCCCUUGAUGCCCUGCCUGACAGGUCUGUGCAGCACCCCUUGGAAAACCUGCUGACUUCUUUUUCUCUCACCUGUACACAAGCGUCCAGUGAACAUCAGUUCUUCAGGGAGAGAAAGAGAAUUUGUUUUUUGUUUUUUUUUUUACGUUGGUGUCUGUGGAUGAAAAGCUUUUUUCUCACAAAUUUCUGAUCUCUGUUGCCCCCACCCUUUUGUGUUUAUUUUUUCCCCCCUUUUGCUGGUGGAGGGCCUUCCUGGUACCUUGUGCUGGCCAGGAGCCCUGCCGUGCCCAGGAAAGGGCAAAGGACAUGACCUGGAAACCUGAGGUCUGUGGCAUUUUUUCACACAGAAAACACGGGACCUUUUUCUUCUGCCUUAGGGUGUUACGGAUGCUGCCAGUAGAAAUCUCUAUGGUGCUGUUUAGUGAUUUUUUUGUUGUUGAAACAUUUUUCCUUUAAUUGUGAAUUAUUAUAUGAUUUUUAAUUUUUUUUUUCUUCUAUAAGCAUUUCCACAACUUUCUUGUGUUUCUCUUGAGUUCCUGCUGAAUGUGUGCACAUUGUGUCCCGGAACAGAGAGCGCGUUGCAGAACCUGCAAGAUGCUGGCAGCAGCCUGGGGGGGUGGAUGCAACGCUGAGACUGUGAACUUUAGUACCCAACUUCUUUAUUUUUAAUUUUAUUUUAUUUUAUGUUUUUUGUUUUUUUUUUAAACAUUUGGAAAGAGGCGUGUUGCAGGCAUGGGCGUGUGUAUUCUGCAAGCUCAGUGCUCACAGCCUGCAGCCCAUGGGAGCAGAGUUGUCCCAUCAGCCAAGUGCUGAUGAGCUGCCCUGGGAAGGCGAGGGACUGAGUCCUGGUGCUCCCUGUCCCCUCCCUGCUUCUCUCCGAGGCUCAGCGUGGCUCUGCGCGGUGCUGGUGACCUCUAGUGACAAGCGGGUCUCUGCUGGGAGCUGGCUGUCCCCCAGCCUGGCCUGUGGAGCAGGUCCUGGUGGGACAUCACCGGGCCUGAGGUGUCUGCUGUGCCACUGUAGCCUGUCAGUUAACUAGUGAUACAUACCCACCUAUGUUAUCUAUCCUGAGAAACACUAAUCCUAGGUAAUUAGCCUGAUUAUUAAGUUGCAUGACUAGAGAUAAUAACGUCCACAGGCUCUGGCUCUCUGCAGUGGUUGGAGCCAGUGGUGCUGGGGCAGCAGUGCUGUGGGAUGGUGGGGUCCAGAAGGGACAAGCACUGAUUUUGGGGACUGGUGGAUG